GAUUGGCUGUCAGCCGAGGCCACCGCGACGCUUCUGUGCUGCACGAGCUUCGCCACAACAGAUGGACCUCUCGCGCUCUCCUCCUCCUACUUCCACCAGCUCUUGGAUGCACGGCUGCACGCGCACCCGCUGAUUGUUUUCUACGGAUAAAAAACGAACGAUUUCACCAAAAAGUCGACCGUUAACGGAUAGUUGAGCUGAAACGGAAAGGAAAGAAAAGAAAGGAAGGUGGAGGACCGACAGCGAGGAGAAACGCUGAAGGCCACUCCAACCUGCUGGUGACUCAACAAGAAUCUACAGUCUUCAAUUCGCUCCGCCCAUGCUAGCUGAGAAUGGAUGAUACACAGGAUGGGGUUCAGAUUGGAGAGAACAAGUUUGUCAGCAAGGCAACAGUCCUCUCACAUCUGAAAACAUACAACCUUUAUUAUGAGGGACAGAACCUGCAGCUCCGGCACAGAGAAGAAGAGGGGGAGCUGAUUGUUGAGGGCUUGCUAAAUAUCUUUUGGGGCCUGCGGCGACCAAUCAGGCUUCAGAUGCAGGAUGACCAUGAGCGAAUUCGACCACCCCCCUCCUCCACAUCCUGGCACUCUGGUUGCAAUCUGGACAGUCAAGGUUCACCCAACACAGAAGGUCAGCAGAGUCCACCAAGUGUGGAGGUGACGCCACCUGACAGUAAACCAGAGGAUAACGAAGAAAUUGAGGAACACUCGGAAGAGGACAGUGAGAGCUCCGCUCAGCUCCUCAGGACAAAGAGCGAUGCUGGAGUUUUAAGAAGAGGUCAGCGAAGGUCCCCAAGUGACCAGAGAAAAAUCAGACGCCAUCGAUUCUCUAUUAACGGACACUUCUAUAACCAUAAGACGGCAGUGUUCACGCCUGCUUUUGGUUCAGUCACUAAUGUUCGGAUCAACAGCUGCAUGACGACGCCUCAGGUGCUGCGAGUUCUUCUCAACAAGUUUAAAAUUGAAAACAGCCCAGAUGAUUUUGCGCUGUAUCUUGUCCAUACAAGUGGAGAGCGUGUCAAACUCAAGCGGACUGACUAUCCUCUAGUGCUGAGAGUAAUGCAGGGUCCAUGUGAGCAGGUCUGCAAGGUUUUCCUCACGGAAGAAGACUUGGGUGAAGAAGUCACAUAUGAUGUGGCGCAAUAUAUCAAGUUUGAGAUGCCUGUUCUGCAGAGUUUCAUCACCAAGCUUAAGGAAGAGGAGGACAGAGAGGUGCAGAAACUCAGGAGAAGGUAUAAUUACCUGCGCUGUAUAAUUGAAAAGCAGCUCCGUUGUUAUGUAGAAGAGACAAAGUGUAUGUGACCUGCCUCCUCCAACAUAUAUCAGACUGUUACAAACCUCCCUGGAGUGUCACAUCCUCCCAUCUGCGACCAACAAGAGUGACCGAAGAUCGGCUGAAAGCAUCCUCUUCUUUGUUAUGACUGCAAAUCUGUCCAGCUACAAUCAAAAUUUUAGCAUGCUAAACUGUGUGCAUGUUAAAUGUGACCCUUUUAACAUCCGAGGUAAUGACAGUUCAUGCCGAACUGAUCAGACGUUAUCACCUCAUCUCUGUUUGCUUUUAAGUAACAUGAAGUACACACAGACUGGGACUCUUCUCCUGGGUGAUUUUUUUUUUUUAUAGCAGAAUGAGGCUGAAAUUAAAAUGAGUAUUUGUAUUACUGUAAAGCACAAUUGUAUUGUUACAGUCUUAGAAAAGUGCCUGUUGGAAGGUUUUUCCAAGCACCAACUGUUCAAAUUGACUCAAAAAUUGUUUGUCCAGGCACACAAAAUCCAGGGCAAAUUCCUAGAACAUUAACCAGACUGUGCAUUAAAACAAGAGAAACCAAAACAGGAAAUGGAUGUGAUGCCAAUCAGACCGUGAGCAAGUGCUCCUAGUCCUUUAAGCAGACUUCAUCUAGUCCAUUAAAGCACUCGCUGCUUUUA